CCAUUUUAUUUGUGUGGCCUGGGUCUUGACUUCGAGGAGUGGAUGCCCUUUCCUCCAUCCGCCUUUAAAACUACCUAACACAUCCCUUUCUGUUUUCCAUACGCCUCCUCUCCUGGCCUAAAUCAAUAUCCUGGGGGGAAAUAACCAACAGGAGACAAUCAAAUCCCACUUUCUUUUUUCUUUUUCCACUUUAUUAUUUUACAAUGCUGCUAAUCUUUUGAUUUCUGUUGAUUCAAUUUUUUAUUUUUUUAAUCAUUUUCAAUCUGUUUUUCUUAUUAUUUAGUACCCCCAACACACACACAAAAUGGCAAUUGCUUGGUCUGAAAAAGCUUCUUAUGUGGAGGUUUUGUCUAGGCCUCCAUCUUUAUCUCCACCGGUCAUCCUAACCCAAGGCGAAUUGAAAAAAAUUGCCGCAUACAAAGCCGUUGAGUUCGUUGAAUCAGGAAUGGUUCUGGGUCUAGGCACUGGUUCGACAGCCAAACACGCCGUGGAUCGCAUCGGUGAGUUGCUUCGCCUCGGCAAGCUCAAAAACAUCGUAGGAAUUCCCACCUCCAAGAAAACGCAAGAACAGGCUGUUUCUUUAGGCAUCCCGCUCUCGGAUCUCGACCACCAUUCCACCAUCGAUUUAGCAAUCGACGGCGCCGAUGAAGUGGACCCACAUCUUAAUCUCGUCAAAGGCAGAGGUGGGUCCCUGUUAAGAGAGAAAAUGGUGGAAGGGACUUGUAAGAAAUUUAUUUGUAUUGUUGAUGAAUCCAAAUUGGUUAAGCACUUGGGAGGGAGUGGCUUAGCCAUGCCUGUUGAAGUUGUCCCCUUUUGCUGGAAAUUCACAGCUAAUAAACUCCAAAACCUGUUCGAAGAUUCGGGUUGUGUGGCCAAGCUCAGGAAUGAUUCUAAAGGGAAAUCCUUUGUAACAGAUAAUGGGAAUUAUAUUGUGGAUUUGUAUUUGAAGAAAGACAUUGGGGAUUUGCAGGUGGCAAGCGAUGCUAUUCUGAGGAUUGCUGGUGUCGUUGAACAUGGCAUGUUUCUUGAUAUGGCUACGACUGUUAUUGUUGCAGGUGAGCUUGGGAUCACCAUCAAGAACAAGUAGAAACUGCGACAAAAAUUACUCUAACUCUUUUUUUUUACAUAUACUAUUUAGGAUUUAAUAUUUUGUAAUAGGGGGGUAGAUUUUUGGAUUGCUUUUUAGCAUACAUCGAUUUACGAUGAUGAUAAUGAGAAAGGUUGGCUUUCUCAAGUUUUGCUGUUUUAGGCAAAUGAGGGAAGGAGUUGGGAUGUAUGCCAACUAUUAUGAUAAUAUAAAUAACUAAAUUUUAAUUA